CACUGCAGACAUAUCCCAUGCCAUCAACAAAAAUUAUGCCUCUAAGCUCAUAUUCUACCGUUGUUGCCAUAGCGCUUUUAUUUUCAUUUACAUCUUCAGAACAUACUCAAGAAAACUUUGUUCAAUGUCUUCACAAUUAUCCCCAUAAUAUCAACGCCACCUCAAUCUCCAAGGUUCUUUACACCCAAACCAACUCCUCAUACUCCUCUAUACUAGAUUUUUCCAUUAAAAAUCUUAGGUUCUCCAACGUAAGCUCUAAACCCCUUGUCAUUGUGACACCUCUUGUUGUCUCCCACAUUCAAGCCACCAUAAUCUGUUCCCAACGCCAUGGCAUGCAGAUUCGAACCCGAAGUGGAGGCCACGAUUAUGAGGCUCUCUCCUACGUUGCCAAGGCUCCAUUUGUGGUCAUUGACCUCAUAAACCUUGGAGAAAUCAAAGUGGAAAUGGAAAACAACACUGCAUGGGUUCCAGCUGGGGCAUCUAUUGGUGAACUUUACUACAGAAUUAGCGAGAAAAGCACAACACUUGGGUUCCCAGCAGGUGUGUGUCCCACUGUGGGCACUGGUGGCCACUUCAGUGGAGGUGGCUAUGGAUUCUUGAUGCAUAAGUUUGGUCUUGCUGCUGAUAAUGUAAUUGAUGCUCACAUAGUUGAUGUGAAUGGUAAUCUUCUUGAUAGAGAAGCAAUGGGUGAGGAUCUGUUUUGGGCCAUUAGAGGAGGUGGGGGAGCAAGCUUUGGAGUCAUCGUGGCUUGGAAGGUAAAACUAGUUCCAGUUCCAUCAACUGUCACAGUGUUCUAUGUUCCAAGGACAUUGGAACAGAAUGCAACUGAGAUAAUUCAUAAGUGGCAACUUGUGGCAAAUAAACUUGACAAUGGACUAAUGAUUAGGGUCAACUUGGAAAGGGUAAAUUCAAGUCAAAAUGGGAAGCCAACAGUAGUAGCUACAUUUGAGUCCAUGUACCUUGGAGGUGUGGAUCAACUCAUUCCCUUGAUGCAAAAGAGCUUCCCAGAGUUGGGUUUGGUCAGAGAAGAUUGUACUGAGAUGAGUUGGAUAGAUUCAGUUGUCUAUAUGUCUCAAUUUACAAAUGGUCAACCCCGUGAAGCUUUGCUGAACAGAAGUAUAAGUGAUUUACCAUUCUUCAAAGGAAAAUCUGAUUAUGUGAGGGAUCCGAUUCCUGAUGUUGGGUUAAAAGGGUUAUGGCCAUUGUUUUAUGAAGAUGAGGCUCAAGGUGCUGUUAUUCAGUUCACUCCUUAUGGAGGUAAGAUGUAUGAGAUUUCAGAAUCAGAAAUUCCAUUCCCUCACAGAUCUGGAAACAUAUUCCAUAUUCAUUACUUGGUGCGUUGGCGAGAGGAAGGGGAGGAGGCAAAACAAAAGUACAUAAACUGGAUUAGGAGAGCGUACAAAUAUAUGGAACCUUUUGUUUCAAAGUCUCCUAGAGCUGCAUAUCUAAAUUAUAGAGACCUUGACAUUGGAGUAAAUAAUAACAAUGGCAACACAAGCUACAGCCAAGCCAGCAUUUGGGGUCUUAAGUAUUUCAAAAACAACUUCAAUAGAUUGGCAAGAGUGAAGAGCAUGGUUGAUCCUCUAAACUUCUUUAGAAACGAACAGAGCAUACCUCCUCUCAAGUCGAAGGGACUCAACAUGCAAGUAGAAAACCUUGGAGCUGUAAAUGUCAUUAUAAAAUAAUUAAGCUCCUUUGUUAUUUUACUUUUAUGCAGUAUAUCUAAUGCGGCAUAAAACAAAUAAAUGAAUAUUUGAAAUAUUUACAUGGCU